UUUGCGCCUGUAGAAAUUUCAUCGGAACAGAGGAAAGGGCGCCAAUUUUCCUCUGCGGUAACGGCUGGUCGUUUCGGAAAGGUUGAGACGAAAUGAGCAGCGGCGGCGGAACCACCGGCACGGCGAAGACUCCGGCGGAUUUCCUCAAGUCCAUCCGCGGGCGACCCGUUGUCGUCAAGCUUAACUCCGGCGUCGACUAUAGAGGAAUUCUUGCUUGUCUGGAUGGAUACAUGAAUAUAGCAAUGGAGCAAACUGAAGAGUACGUGAAUGGUCAAUUGAAGAACAAAUACGGCGAUGCAUUCAUCCGAGGAAACAAUGUUCUCUAUAUUAGCACAUCGAAGAGGACACUUGCAGAUGGAGCAUAGUCGGAUGGUGGAUUCCCACUUUCUAUUUAAUCCCCCUUGUUUGAACUCUCAUUGUCUGGCAGUGUAACAGGGUCCAUGUAAAUUUGGACGUUAAAUGAAGAGUUUUAUGUGACACUCGGUCAGUUCUGACCCUACUUGUUAUGUUUCUACUUUCUACAGAAGAUACGUCGAAUAUUUAUUACUCUUUGAUCCAAGACUCGUUUGUAGUUUAAUCUGGGGAGAGCGAAUUUACACA